AUGUCAUCGUAUGGCACAGGAAACCGAUAUAUGCCGACAGUGCCAUCCAACAGACGAGUGACAGAAAAAUCGACUGCUGUGUCAUCUCCACUUUUGAUCAACAACAACAGAUCAGUCAUGAAUAACAAAUUUUCCACAUGUCCAUCUGGUUCACUGCUUCACAGGUCGCCGUAUUCGUCCAAUCUCAUGAAAAAUGGCCUGCCUUCCUCCUACACCCACCAAGAUGGUUUGUUCAAGUGUCGAAUGAGAGAUGGAAUCAAAGAUGGAUAUCAAAAUAGGGAUGUGCCUAUAAAACCAACCUAUCGGCCAGAAUCUUUCAUGAUACAAACUCCUAACUACAGAUGGAAUCCAGAGACCAACUACAGGGCAAAUAAGAACAUCGCCGAUGAUGAUGACAAUAAUAUCUCUACUGAUUUAUUUUCAAAACUGAACAUAUCAAGUCCGAAGAACUUAAAAAAGAGCUCCAGUCAUCAGGACAUGUUGGCAUCAUCCUCAUUGCCUGGCAGACACAUGCCAGCAAGUGCAAACACCACUUAUGCCAACAAUGCAGCAAAUGAUUACAAAUCUGCCACUGGAACAUUUGCAAAUCGUCUCCACAUGCAACAGCAGCAGCAACCUCAACGUCGAGCAUCCAUCACACGGACCCACAACUUUCUAUCAACUUCCUCAUCAUCCAGGUACAACAGCAACAUCAUCAGCAAUGGAGGAGGCAACAACAAACCCGAUAACAAUGUCUUCUCGAUUGUUGAUAAAUUCAAUAAGCGCAACCUUCAACAACAGCAGCAGCAGCUACCACAGCCGCAACAGCAACUACAUAACUCUCGCAUGAAGAGCAAAUUUAAAUGUACGACAACCAAUGUAACAGCAGAUGAUUCAGACCACAGUAGCAACAGCAAAUGUCCCGACCCAUCCCCUCCCAACUCGAACACUGCGUCACCCAACAACAACACCAACAACUUCACUAAAAAAUACAUCAACAAAGGGAAAACUGGUCUCCAGAACAUCGGCAAUACAGUUAGUUGGUGA